AUGUCCAACCCUGCGACUUCUUCAAAUACCGACACGGGUUGGACCGCGCCGUUGCAGUCGCAUCACUCUGGCAGUGCCCCGGUGGAUGAUGAUGAUCUGGUAGGCCAGAUAGCUGUGGCCGCAAUACCAUCCGACCCCUUCAGCCAAACCUCUGCACGCUCCAUUGGAACCGGUCACUCGCUUCUACGCUCUCUUCUCAUAGGACCACUCUCAGAGCUGCCAUCGUCUGAGCAGCGGUCGGCCAGGCAUCAUUCAUUCGUUAUGGAUUUGCCCUAUGAGGCUCGCGCGGAUUGGCCUCCGAAGCAGACUGUCGGCCGGCUGGUUGAUGUAUAUUUUGAGCACUGCGACAUGUUUUCGCCCAUCCUCCAAUCCAAAGACGACUUUUUGGCCACGAUCGAGCCUUUAUGCGACGGAACCUUACCAAUGAACCAUGACAUGGCUCAUGCCAAAUUCCAAGCAUUUGCAAUUUUCGCCACCGCCAUCUUCCUACUCAACAGGAUCGAUAGCUCCGUGCCCGUGUCGAGGUCUGAAGCCUUUUUUGCAAAUUGCGUGCAGCUCUUGUCAGAGAAUCCUGGCCUGCUUUGCACAGGAGAUCUGGAUCAUUUGACAAACCUUCUGCUUAUUAUUCAAUACUGUUUUUUCGCUGCACACCUGACUGCUGCUUGGCACUUUAUUGGUCUGGCUACACGUCUCGCGAUUGAGCUGGACCUACACAUUUCUCAUGUGAGGACCGCGCACUUUGAACGCGUCGAACUCGACAGACGAAGGUGGUUAUUUUGGUGUACUUAUUCUUUCGAACGAACCCUGUGCUUCGUCGUCGGUCGUCCUGUUUCUAUUUCCGACCAAUCAAUUCAAGCACCACUCCCAACCGAGGUCGAGGGUGACUCAAAGCGCUGUCUCGCCAUACAUCUCCUCAAAGGUCGCCAGAUACAAUCCGACAUCUACAAUGCCAUCAGUCAGAAAGGAUCGUUCUCGGGCAUCCAUGCUGACGGUAAGUCUCAAUGGCGGCGAGCCAUGCAUGGACGGCUCGAUGAGUGGGGGAGUGUCCUGCCUUCUUAUUGGGACACGAGCCAGCUGGCACCUGCCGAGUUGUUCAAUGCUGCCCGCCUCAAUGCUCUUGUUUUACUUUAUUAUCCAUCUUUUCACUUUCCAGAUCUUUCAGAGCAGGAGCUCGGAGAUCUUGGUCGAUUCGCCAUGGAAAGUGUUCACUCAUACCCCCAAGUCUUUCGUGGAGGAAAGCUCAGGUUCUACUGGCGCGCCGUGCACAAUCUAUUCCGGAGCGGAGUAGCAGUCAUCUACUGCAUAUAUGUCUCUAGGAUGAGGCCUUGUCUGGUUCUGAAUGCCGAUGAACUGAACGCUUCUAUCAACUCAUGCUCCUCGGUUCUAUGGGGCAUGGUUGAAAGAUAUCCUUCUGGGAAACCUUACAGGGACAUUUUCGAAAAGCUUGCAGAUCAGAUAUCCAAUCCGAGGCAUAACCUGAGCAGUUUGACCGAAAACGCAGCUACUGGAGAACUUACCGGGACAGAGGGUUUUCUGGAUCGGAUGUAUGCAGAUCUACAAAUGGAUAUACCAUUUGCGCUUACAGACGUGUUGGUAAACGGUUUCGUCACGGGAAUUGAAUCUGUCAGUGGUGGUGCAACUUAG